AUGAAGGAAGGCCUAGUGAUUUCCGAAGAAAAAACCGCUGGUCCUCGCAUGAGGAUCAAGAUGAUGUAUGAUGAUGAUGAUGAUGAUGACGAUGAUGAUGAUGAUGAUGCUGAUGAUGAUGAGGACGAUGACGAUGAUGGCGAUGAUGAUGAUGAUGAUGAUGACGACGAUGAUGAUGAUGAUGAUGCUGAUGAUGAUGAGGACGAUGACGAUGAUGGCGAUGAUGAUGAUGAUGAUGAUGACGACGAUGAUGAUGAUGAUGAUGCUGAUGAUGAUGAGGACGAUGACGAUGAUGGCGAUGAUGAUGAUGAUGAUGAUGACGACGAUGAUGAUGAUGAUGAUGCUGAUGAUGAUGAGGACGAUGACGAUGAUGGCGAUGAUGAUGAUGAUGAUGAUGACGACGAUGAUGAUGAUGAUGAUGCUGAUGAUGAUGCUGAUGAUGAUGCUGCUGCUGCUGAUGCUGAUGCUGAUGAUGCUGCUGCUGAUGAUGCUGAUGCUGAUGAUGGGUCUCUCGUGGUCCACACCUGUCAUUCCCCGCCACGUCGCGCAGUGGUGGACGAUGGCGGACGGCGAGAAGCUGGAAGGCGUCGAACCUUUACAGUGGCCUGCUCAUUUGGGAUCUCGAAAGCAAUAGAGCUCUACAACGUGAAAAAAACAAAGGAACUCGAUGAAUUGAAGUCAAGCGUUCAAACUCCGUGCAUAUUACCCCAAAACAAACUAGACAUUGAUAUUGGUUCGACUCCACCCUUGGUAUCAUUCUUUCGGGUCGGUUUUUCUUACGAGCGGGUCCUAACAAUUUUCAGCGGCGAAUCAAACAAUGAAAAGUGCACGGAAAUUGUUUCGAAUUGGGACGGGAAGACAGAUGAGGGGGUGAGGGGUGUCAAUAAUGGCGAACUUAAACUGACCUUGUUACUUCGAAUACUAGAAGCAACACUGAGCGAGUCCUCACUGUCUCCGCCAGAGUUGUGUCGAUGCCCACGAGCACGAGAGGGGGCUGAUGGGCGAACGAAGCGAUCGGGAGAAGACGUCAUGUUUCCAGUGACUGAAACCGAUAAAACGGGAGGGUUUGUGUUCUCGUCAAUAAAAUGCGAGUGUUUGGAAGGCGACGAGGUAGGGGGAGUGAGAUCAGUGGACUGGAUGACGCGCCGCGAAACACCGUUGAGCUAG